UCGAACAUGUUUUCAAAAGUUUGCGUGUUUUUAGUGAUUGCCAGUGCAGUUAAUUCUGUAGCAGGGCAAGGUUUUCCGGGUUCGGGCAGUGCUGGACCCCCACCUACAAGCGGCGGUGGAAACCCCGGAAUAGGGACUAGUGGUCCCCCAAGCGGUGGUGGCUUUGGUAGCGCAGGUCGCCCAACAGGAAGCGGUGGUCAAAAUUACGUAUGCGUACCAAUUGGUACCUGCUCUUCGUUCACCAUUGACGUCCGUAUCGUUACACCGGGCAACCAACAGCAAAAUCCUUGUCCAGCCGGUCAAGAACCCUGCUAUACCACUGGAAAUAACCCUGGAAACCCAUGUGGGUUAGGCACCACGCAGUGUGGUACACGACUGGCAUCAGUAACAUCAAAUGCUGAUGGGUUUUCCCAACGAGGGGCCUUCCCAUGGCAGGCUUUCAUAGUAAAUCAGACAGGAUACGCAGGAAGUGGAGUCCUAAUUGAUCCUUACCAUGUUGUAACCGCAGCCCAUAAAGUAGUGCAAAACCAGAAUAACCCCCGAAACAUAGGGGUUUAUAUGGGAAUCUGGGAAUCAACCGACGUAUCUACAGCUCAAUACAGGGUGGUUAGCCGUGUGUCCAUCCACCCCCAAUAUAACAGUGCCAGCCUCAGAAACGAUAUAGCUGUUUUGCGACUUGAAAACUGUUUCACACUAGGACAAUCAAAUUAUAUAAACACCGCUUGUCUACCAACUCAAGGCCAGAGUUUCGUCGGUCAAAACUGUUUAGUUUCUGGAUGGGGCGAAACAAGUUUCCGAUUGAACGAUGCUCCGACAAUGCGCCAAAAACAAGUGACUGUGCCAAUUGUUCCUUACGCUACAUGUCGAGCUUCCUAUGCUCAAUCAAACCUUUUGGGAAAUCGAGUGGAUUUUUAUUUGGACUCAGUUGGAGAAAUAUGCGCAGGGGGACAAUCCAUGAGAGACGCAUGCACACAAGACGGUGGAGCGCCCCUUGUAUGCCCAGUUAAUGGACGAUAUACAGUGGCCGGCUUGGUUAUAUGGGGCAAAGGAUGCGGAGCACCGGGAGUUUAUGGUGUUUAUACCAACGUCCCUAAUUAUGUUAACUGGAUUCAAAAUACAGUGAACACGCAGUAAUUUUAAUAAUUUCAUAAAAGUAAUAAAUGCAGAUAGAAAUAAUAAUAAUAAUAAUAUUAAAGCUUGAACAUCAAAUCA